UGCAGAUAUGGUCUCUGAUGUUGCAUUUAAUAAGAGGACGUUUGUCUUUGAAUGCUAUCAAGAAUUAAUAUUCGUUAGGAAUUUGUUCUCAUUGAACAAAAAUUCAACUCAAGUGGAAUUCUUGUGACGUGUUUAUAAGUUCAUGAGCAAUAUUUUUCAAGUUUUCAUGAAGAAGCAAUAAACUAAAAGAAUUGUAUCAUUUCUGUAAUGCCUAGUCAAGAGUCGGUUGCCCAUGAUUCGUUUGAUUUCAGAAGUUCCAUUAAUAUGAAACGAUUGAAACAAGUUUUUUUUAUUUUAAUACUUAUUGAAUAAUCUCCGUUUUUCUUUUUUAUCUCAUCAUGCUGUUUUGCACGAGCUUCUUGAGUAGUUGACGACGAUUUGGCAUUAUUUUCAUACUGUUUCAAACGAAACAAAUCAAAACGAAUCGGCGGACGGUUGUGGCUGAAAUCAAUGAGAAUUAUUUGUUGUAAUGCAAAUCAAUGUCUUAUAAUAACAAUACACAUACUAAUGUUUAAUUCUCAGAAUGAAAACUUCAGAGGAAAUAAUAAACGAGAUGUAUCAAACACUGGUAGAGUUACAAUGCCCUCUGAUAGCACAAACUGACUUAAAGGAUUUUGAAUCUAUUGUUUUGAAUGGCGAAAAUUGUAUCACCUUAUUAUCUUGGCUACUUACUCGUAGUUGUCCUGAUAUUUCUGCAGCCUUGGAAAACCACAAGGAUUCCACCAUACACAAAACAGCUGUUAAAAAAUACUAUACUCAGCUAGGAAUUUAUAUGGACAUAGACUCAUUACUGAGUAACUCUGCCACGAAGGACCAAGAUUCUGUAUUACAAACACUCUUAAUAUUUAUGAAAGAAAGUCUUAGUUUAAACGGACAGAAAGCACGGGUUGAUGAAUCAGAAAUUUCAACGAUAUUACAGAAGCACGUCAACGAAAAUAUUGAUUUAAUUCCCUCAUCGUGUGGUAUCAGUUUAAGAUUAAGUUACACGGAAGGAAAAAAAUAUUUCGAUGGUAUCAAACAGAAGGUAUUACUAGAAGACAGUAAAUAUGACAAUAACAUUAAUUCAGAACAAUGUGUAUCACCAUGCCAGGAAACCAUCAAAAGUGACCAUGGAUCCUUGGUACCUAUUGAGGAACAGUUUAUUUCAGCUUUUGAUUCUAUUUCAUCUUGGUCAAUCCCUCAAAAUAAGAAUUUUGUAAAAAGUAUAACAGGAAACAAAAACAUGCAGAACAUAUCCUCAACAUUUUCAUUUCUGAAACAGACAUUGAAUCUGAAUAAAGAAGUAUCCAAACUCACUGUUCCGGCAGAAAUAAAAAAGCUUCAAACACCAUUGGAUGAGGUCAUUGAAGAUAAUUUGAUUUGUUUAGAAAAAGUUAACAGUUUGUAUAAUAAUUAAUGUAGUCAUUGAUUACCCAGUUCUGUAAAAUAAUGAUAUGAAUAUUUUAU